AUGACUGUGGCCGAGAAGACCCCGAGCUCCAUGUGGAGCGACAGGCCAGACCCAGAGGUGAUUAGGACAUAUCCACAAGAUUAUCCUGACCAGGACGUCGUGAAAACGAUUGCCAAGUUCUGCUUCCCAUUUGAUGUGGAAAGGGUGAAACACGGACACAUUGGACAGAACUUCACGUUUGUGCUCACCGACGCCGACGGGAAGCACAGUUUCGGGUUCUGCCGCCUCUCUUCUGGCUCCCGCUCCUGUGUGUGCUUACUCAGCUACCUGCCCUGGUUUGAGGUGUUUUACAAGCUGCUCAAUCUCCUGGCAGAGUACAGCACCAAGGGCAAUGAGAGCGACUCCCAGGAACUCCUCGAGUCUCUCCACAAGCGCCCGGUUCCAGAGCCGGAAACAUCCGUGCACCUGACUGUGCAUGCCUACUUCAUAGCUCCGGACUGCAGGCGUCUACCCUCCAUUCCUGAGAGUAGGAACCUGACGGAGUUCCUGGUGGCCGUGGACCCGCUCAGCAUGGUGCACCUCUACGCCAGCCUGCUGUGGGAGCGCCGCAUCAUCGUCACCUCCAACAAGCUCAGCACGCUCACGGCGUGCGUGCACGGGGCAGCCGCGCUGCUCUACCCCACCUACUGGCAGCAUGUGUUCAUCCCUGUCCUGCCUCCACACCUACUGGACUACUGCGGGGCUCCCAUGCCGUACCUCAUAGGUGUUCAUUCCACACUCAUGGAGAGUGUGCGUGCGCUCGGCCUGGAGGAGGCCGUGGUGUUGAACGUCGACGCGAAUCAGUUGGAGACUCCGUUCAAUGACCUCCUGUCUCUCCCGCACGACCUGGCGUCCACUCUGAAGUCGCGCAUUAAGAAACAGUCGGCCGUAACGGGCACGGGGCUGGCGCAUGCUUUCCUGCGGGCCCAAGCCCAGCUGUUCGGGACCUACAGAGAGGCCCUCAGAUUCCGACCUGGAGAGGCGAUCACGUUCAGCGAGGAGGCAUUUGUGGAGAGCAAGUCCAGCUCGGUGCGCUCCUUCCUCAAGCACGCCACGCAGCUGCAGCUCUUCAAGCAGUUCAUCGACGGGAGGCUGGAGUUGCUCAACGCCGGCGUAGGCUUCAGCGACCUCUUUGAGGAAGAGAUCACCCUGGGCGGAUACUCCAAGGGGAGUGCCAAGUCGUACCAGCAGUGGCUCCUCACUGUCAAGAAAGGUGGGGGUGCUUUCAUGUCCCUGAUGACCAAGGCCAACCCAGCCAUGAAGUCCAUGUACCGAUUUAUGGCAAAGGGACGCUUUGGGUUCAAAGAGGUCAAGUCAGCACACAAGCACAAGGACGUGGUGAGCGAUGACGAGGGCGACGAUGGGGAGUCGGCUCACCGGGUGAGGAGACACGUGUCCGACGUGGACGCCCGCAGAGACGACACGGACACGGCUCACGAGGAGGUGGCACCACUCAGCUCCUCGUACGGGGGCAGCUCCGCCGUGGGGAGGGGCCUCUCUCAGCGCAGGACGAGCUCGCGGAGGCCCUUGGCGUCCGAGGUGGUCGAGGGGGGGGGCCCCGGGAGCCCCCCGCUGAGCGCGGGCCCCCAGGAGGAGAUGGAUCUCCUGUCGGAGAUCCUCGCCUCGCUGGACGCGUCGCUGGACCCGUCGCUGGAGCCGCGCCCCUUGACGGCCUCCCGCAGCCUCGACGACCUCCUCGGAGCCGCGGGGGAGGAGUGGAGGAGUUCGCAGACGUCCCUGUGUGGUGGCCGUGACGACAUGGCGGUGCUGGGGAUCUGCCUCCCGUCGUCGCCACGGCAACCGGGCCCCGGCAACGGCCACUUCUUCCGCUCGCCAACACCGCCGCCCCCCUCGGAGAUGCGGGGGGGACAAGGAGGUGAGCACGGUGAGGAGGUGAGGGGUGGAGGAGCCCUGCAGAGCGACGAAGACGAGGAGGAGGAAGAGGUGGACACCUCACAUCUCAGCUCCACCUCCUCCACCUCGUCCACCUCGUCUCCCUCCCCGCGGCGCCGGGCGGCUACGACGGCGUCGUGCGGCAACCAGCACGGCGGCUCGCUGCCGUCGCUCCUCACCGACGUCGCCGCGGCAACGGCGGCGUCCGCGGCUACCCCUCCGCCCUCGCCGCUGCUGCUCGUUCGGGGGGACGCGGCGCGGCUCAGCUGCCCCCCCCCGGCACGCUCGGCGCUCCCGGCGCUCCCGGCGCGCUCGGCGCGCUCGGUCGCGCUCGGCACGCCCGGCAUCGCAGCCCGGCGGCCCCCUCCGCUCCGCACCCCCCUCGGCGCAAGCCGGCACGGCCGCCCUGGGGCAAGGGCGCGUCGGGGAGCUGCGCCGGCGCUACGAGCUGCUGGAUCGAGCGGCCAGUGGGCAGUGAUGGCGGUGGUGCGGUGGUGGCGGUGAUGUCGGUGGUGAUGGCGAGUUGCCGGUGGAGGAGACUUGACGCUUGCGGCGCGCUCAUCGAUCAAACGAUCAGCACUUGGAUCAAACGACGAUCAAAAUCUCGCCGAGUGGCUUCGACGAGGGAGCACACGGAGUGUAGCGCCACGUAGCCCCCCUCCUACCUACCCCCCCCCACCGCCCCCCACGUAUCGAGCACGGGCCCAGGCACGAACCUGCUUAGCCUCCCAGGUCUGGUCACCCCCCACCGCCCGCCCGCCCUCGCCAGCUAAGCAGGUCUGAGCCCGCUGAACUCGGAUGGGUGACCACCACCACCACCACCACGUGGCAGUGCUUGCCAGGUGCGUGUUGCUGCGAGGUGUAAAUUCUUGAAUCUAUCCGUGCAGAGCUUAGAGCAUCGUCCGCCACCACCGCCCCCCCCCCCUCUCUCCAGUCUCCUCCCCAUGCGCAGAAAACAAAAACCUCGCCACGAACAGAAAUUCCUCAACAGCGGCGUGCACGCCGCUCUCUCUUCCACCGAGGCUGCAGGUCUGUGUCGCCAAGACCCUCCACCACCCGACGCACGGAGCCAAUCGCACCGGCGGGUUGGGGGUGAAGGGCGGAGGGAUGGCCGGGGACGGUGUAACCUGGAGCUCGGCACGAUACCCGUGCGCGUGUGUUGUUGUGUUGUUGUUGUGUUGUUGUCGUCCUGGUGUUGUUCUUGUUUUUACAACACGGUUGGCCAAAGCACAAAAGGGUCCGGGAAUUUUUAUUUUUAAAACGUCAAGCGGCCAGCAACAAUCGGCACCGCAAUUAACUUGACGAGAGGUUGACGCCAUCGCUUGAACGGAGCGAUGGGGCGACGCCCCGCGCGUUAUCGUCGGGGCGACGACGUUGUCAGGGGCGACGUUGUCAGGGUAACGUUGUGGUGACGUGGGGGCGACGUUGUCGGGGGCGACGUUGUCGGGGGCGACGUUGUGGUGACGUGGGGGCGACGU